AUCUGGAACUGGACCCAUAUGGCUGAAUGAGGUGGAGUGUGAGGGGAACGAGGCGUCUCUGUGGAACUGCAGAUAUCAGCUGUGUGGAGAGGAUGAAUGUGGACACAAGGAUGAUGUAGGAGUCGUCUGCUCAGAGUAUAAAGAGAUCAGACUGACUGAGGGCUGUGAGGGGAAUCUGGAGGUGUUCUAUAAUGGAACCUGGGGGAAUGUGUGUAACAAUGGGAUGGAUCUGUCGGGAGCUGAACUGUGGAAGAUUUAAGACUGAGAGAGCUACCAAAGCACGAGUGGAAUCAGCUCCUAACUGGCUGGAUGAUGUAAAAUGUAGGAAACAUGACUCUACUCUGUUUCACUGUCCAUCUUCAUCCUGGAGUCAGAACAAUUGUGAUAGAAGCAGUGAGGUGACUCACAUUACCUGCUCCGGAGAGAAGAAACAGCUUGCAUUUGAAAACCUUCAAAAAUUCUUCUUAUUUCCAAACCAGGGUCAGUGCUCAAAUUACAUGCCUAUUAGGUUGAGAGGAGGAGAGGAAAUCUGUUCUGGGAGGUUGGAGGUGUAUCAUAAUGCUGAGUGGGGGUCUAUAUGUGCUGAUCUGUGGGACAUCAGGGAUGCUCAGGUGAUCUGCAGGCAGCUGGGUUGUGGGCCGGCGCUGAGUGCUAAUAGAAGAGCUGUUGAUGGUUCUGGUGGAGGAACUAUCUGGAUGAACAGAGUGAAGUGUAGAGGGAAUGAGAUUCACCUGUGGGACUGUCCUCAUUCCCUGAAGAUCCACACUGGCUGCUCCCAGAGUGCUGGAGUCACCUGUGCAGACAUAUUUGUCACAUUACCUUUUUCAUCUGAAACAACUACAACUUACACCACAGUACCAGCACAGCUAACAGAGAAAAAGACAGUCCCUCCUUCAAAAAAUCCAUCAUCUAAUUUUCCAUACAUCUAUCCAGUGUCUCUCCUGGUUCUGGGAUCUGUGCUCUUCCUGGCCUUAGUGCUUCUGGUUGUGCUGUUUUAUCAGAACAGAGUGCUCAGGAGAGUGAUUUCUAAGGCGAGGAGGAAGACUCUGCUUGAGGCAGUCUAUGAAGAGAUUAACCAUAAAUGUGUCACUAACAGAUAUACUAAAAGAGAUAAAUUAUAUGUAGAGAGUUUCACUGAAGGCAGUCUUCACACAGUAUGUAAAGUGGAUCUAAGGUCAGAUAUCAAAUAGCAAUUCUGAGUGUUUAAAUGACUAUAAAUGAAAAAACUACAUG